AUGCCGAGCAGUUCACGACUCCCUACUCCAACUUCAAAGCUGCAUCAUUUGCUCACGCCACGGCCGCCACGUCUCUGCUUACUUCCGCUUUAUUCCGUGUGGCAGCCAGCAGCGUUCCACACGCCCGGAAGCGUGCGGGUUCGCCUCAACAGCGGCAUAACUCAAGAUUGGAAAGGAACAUCAACAGACGACCACGCUGUGGACCGAAGCAAGAAGAAUGAUAACACAGAUCCAACUGUUGAAGGGGCUUCUUCUGGUAUGAAGGACAGGGAAGAAUUUGAGGGAGUAGCCCAACGUGAUAAGCCUCAGGCGGCGACGGAGAGAGGAGGACUGAAGCAUUGGAAGAAGGCUAAGGAGGAGCAUCCUAAGGCACCUGAACCGAUUAUUGGAAUGAAUGACGAAAGAGCUCAGAAGGGUCAUUGA